AUGACGUCUCCAUCCCUUACGCUUACUCUGUUGGUUGUUCUACCGAUAUUUAGUUGGUGUAUUUUACCAGCUGUAGGAACCACUUUAUCUCUUGCUAAUUUAAAUGGAUUGAAAAGUCAGUUUCAAACAGGGCUUAAAUCAACUGCGGAUCUACCAUCAUUACAUUAUUCAUUAGCUGGCGCCAAAGAACUCGGUACACAAUCUCCUGAAACAUUCUGUAAUGAUAUUAAAAAGUUAGUUGAUAAAUCAAAUGCUGAAUCAAUUUAUCAUGCAACUGAAGCAGCUAAAACAUUAAACACUUGCAAAUUAUCUGCUGAAGAUUUUCGUUCAACUGUAAGCUCAACCAUUCAAUCGGAUAAGAGUACAACAGCUGAAAUCUACUAUGCCGUACAUGCUAGCAUCAAUCUUGGUUUAAGUGUCGAUGCAUCAGCAGUUGAAAAACGUCUUAAUGCUUUAGCGAAAACAGAUGAUAGUAUCUUAAGUCAAGGUUAUGCAUUAUUAACAGCUGCACAAUUAAGUUCCGCUAUAGCUAAAACCUAUGCUGAUACAAUCAAUGAUUUAGUUCAACAAGCUGACGAAGUUGAUGGACAUCUUUUACAAUACGAAGGUGGUAUUAGUACAACAGCAUUAGUAUUCAAUGCAUUCUAUGAAGUUGCUGAAAAAGCUGGUGCACCAGUUAAAAUUGAUCCUAAACAAUUAGUUAAAUUUGCAAACUAUUUUUCAACAAAAAGACAUGUUGCUACAUUACGUAGUGCUUAUUAUUUAACAAAAGCAUUCAAAUAUUUAUCAAACAAUAAAAAUACAGUAGCCGUGGUUGUUUCACGUCUUAGUUCAUCGGAAGUCAAUGCCCAAAAUCCAUCGGUAGUUGUUUCAGUUACAAAUCUCUUAGGACAAUCUGUUGGCGAAAUGACUGUUACAGCUGAAUCAGCUAAACGUAAAGAAGACGGAGUUGUUGUUGUAUCAAAACAAAAACUGACAUCAAAAUCUAGUGAUUUUACUGUCUAUGAAUUGUCAUUUUUUGAUAAGAAAAUUCCUCGCGGAUUUUAUACAAUUCAUUUAACAUUAACACCACGCACUAAUGGAGACUUUGUUGGUUUAACAGACAAUACCAUUAAUGUAAAAGUAACAUCGGAAGCCGUACUGGAGAAUGCUGAAUUAAGUGUUGCCGAUCGCGAUAAUGCUGCACAAGUGAAAACGUUCAAAUUAACCUAUCCAACUGCUCUAUCAGGCAAUGUUGAAGUUGAUUACCAUCAAAAAUUGAUAGUUAAAUUCCAAGUUAAAGCUAAACAAACUGACGAAUUUCUUCGUGUACAACAAGCAUUCUUACGUUUAGCUAAUAAAAAAUCCAACAAGGAAGUUAUCUACUUAGCCGAAGCUGCUACUGGUGCCGACGCUCAAUACAAAGUUGAAGUGGAUUUAACAACAAAUGCAAAUGAUUUUCUUCACCAAUCAGGUGCCUACGAAGUUGCUUUACUUGUUGGUGAUGCUUCACUGCAAACAGGAUUUUCAUGGAAAUUAACUGACAAUCUUCAAUUGUCGUUUCAUGAAGACAAUGUACCAGAUACUGAUCAUCUUAAUUUAUAUUCUGCAAAGCCGGAAAUAGUUCAUCAAUUUCGUGAAGACGAAAAACGACCACCAGCCACUGUUUCACUUGUCUUUAGUGCUUUAACUGCAUUACCAUUAUUAAUUCUUUUAAUUUUAUGGUUCACCAUUGGUGCUAACUUCUCUGGUUUGCCAUUAGGACUUAGUCCAUUAGGUUUUCAUAUUUCUCAUGGAGCUGUUUUCGCUUUGAUGUAUUUCUAUUGGAAAUAUUUGGAUAUGUUUCAAACAAUGCGCUAUUUGGCUCUAGUUUCAAUUCCAUUAUUUUUAUUUGGCCAUCGAUUAUUAGCCACAUUAGCUGCUCGACGAGAGAAAAAAGCUUAA